AUGGAGGACCCCUUACCGGCGCCACCCGCGCCGUCCGCGGACACUGCGGAAGCGGUGGCUCAGCAAAAGCUCGAAGAGGCUCCAGCGUGUGCCGACACGGGAUCGGGGACAAACGAGGAGAAGCAGGCGGUGCAGAAGCAACCCCUCACGCUCCCUUUGCGCUCUUCGGUGCCACUGGGGGAGACGAACUAUGCGGUUGCAUCUGGCCUCGUCCCGUCCCUCGCGGAGAUGAAUGCGGACGAGAUAAUCCCCCCGAUGAGCGGCGCGGCACCGCAGUUCCCCGUGCUGCACCCGCAGGGCUUUCGCAUCCUCAACAACAACAGUGCCAUGGAGCGCGGCAUGCGAGGUUACUUUCGUCUUCCGCAGCCGCCCAAUCUCGCCACACGCGAAGAGCAGCGGCGACUGCAGCGCACGUUGCGACAGGUGCAGUGCGAAGAGGCGCAGCGCAAAGCGCGCAUCACCGGCAAUCAAGAGGGCGUCGUGCUCGACGGGUUUCUCAUUCUGGGUGCGUGCGAGGCGGAUGAUCCAGAGGAGGUCACCGCCGUCACGCUGCAGGCGUCCCUGCUCACGAGCAGCGUGCAAGAGGAUCUUCCCUUCUUCACCGAGCUGAAGACACUCGACGUGAGCGACAAUCAACUGCGCCUCGGAGAUGUGCUGCCUCUCCCGCACUUGGAGACAGCCCACCUGGUCUGCAAUAACAUCGUCUCGUUGGCUGAUGUGGCGCUGAGCGAUAGCUCGUCGCUGUCUACGCUGAUGGCGCUGGACCUCGCCUACAAUCGCAUUCCCUCACGCGACCUGCUGUACCUGGGUGCCUUCCGAGCUCUCCAACACCUGGACCUGAGCAACAACGGCCUGCGCUCGCUGCCGGCAGACUUGUCGGCUCUCUCGCAGCUCACCCACCUUGCAUUGGAGUCCAACCAACUCGCCUCUGCGGAUGUGUUUCACGCGUUAGGGACGCUGCCUGCGUUGAUGGGGAUAAACCUGGCCAACAAUCGACUAGCACACGUUCCACUGCUGCGCGUCACCCCGCCACUUGGAAUGCGUGACACCAACAACGAGGGCCCUGCAGACGUUGUUAUGUCCUCCUUUCCGGCGAUACAAACGAUGACCCUCAGCGGCAACCGCUUCACCGACCUCGAAGCUUUUCUGCCGCUCGCUGCUCUGCAUCGCACUCUGCGUCACAUUGCAGUUGGCAACAACCCGUUUCUGCUCCGCCAACCGCAGGCGGCGGCACGGCAACUGCAGCUUGCGCUGGAUGAGGCGGUCGUGGACUCGUAUUUCAUCGCGAAGGACCCUUUGCAGACGUCGCCGCCGCUUACGUCCACCGACGCGACCGCUACCCUCACGGACGCCAACGCCGGUACCUGGCACGGCAAAGCGUGGGAGCGGUACAUCCCGCCUCGUCCCGAGGGCCCACAGAGCCCGGACGACGAGCUGGCACGGAGUCGUGCGUCUUCGCUCGAGACGGCUGCCCCGAUACCGUCUGCACCGGCCAAAGGGGAGACGCCGCAACAUGAUGGUGCGACGUCUGCCCAGGACGGUGAGUCUUCCAACGAAGCUCCACGCGUGCCGCAAGAGGGCGACGUCGACAUUGUGCACCUUUUGAGCGUCGAGGAAUACGUGGCGCGCUUCCACAUCACGGUGCAGUGCGGGACGCCGCCGCCGCCACCCGCAAAGCAGCCAAGGCGCUACUUUUAUUCGUCCGCCUACCGCGCCUCGCAGCGGGAAGGGCAGAGCGAGAGUCCGCUGGUCACGCUGCCGCCGUACGAGGAGUUCAUGGACGUUUAUCGCAUUGCGGGUCGGCAAAGCCACGCGUCACGGCGCAAGGGACACGCGGCAGCGUCGCGGAGAAGGGGUAAGCCAAGUGCAUCGGCGCCUCCCUCCUCGCAUCUGACCGCAUUACCGGUGAUGGCGCGCGACUCCUUCACCCUCCCCCCGGCUGCUUUCGCUGCUCCUCCUUCCGCUUUAUCCGGAAAGAGGAGCAGCAAUAUGGACGAUGUGGACGAGGAUGAUGAUGAAGAGGACGACGAUGUACCGCGGGACGAGACGCAGGAGGGCGACGAUGGAUUUUUCCUCACCGGUAUGAACAGCGAAGGCAAGAAAGAGGGAAAGGGCCGUCGCAAGAACAGAAGCGGCAGAAAGUCGGCGGAGGAGAAAGCCACCUUGUCAGCGGAAAUGCCGGCGGCAAGGAAGAUGGAAGGCACCGUUGCUGACGCGCUCCCCACAGACACCCAACGUAGUACCAACGCCUUUUCUGCGAACCAGAGCUCUGUGCCACGACUUCCGCUUCCGCGAUCGGUGGUGUCGCCCGCCAGCACGAACGUGCACACCGCCAUGUCGGAGCUGCGUGCGAUGCUGCGCAAGCCGCUGCCUUCGUUGCCGUACGACCCUGCGCGGUCACGACAAGCGCGUUGA